GGAGGGGGAGAGAGAGAGAGGGAGGCAUCUUCUGUGUUCACACACACAGAGAGAGAAAGAGAGAGAGAAGUUAGACAGAUAGACAAAGGCACAGUAGACUGAAGGUGAUAUAGGUGAACUAAUUAGAUAGCAACCAAGGUUGUGAGACAGGCAGGCAGAGACAGGCAGACAGACAGCCUACGAAGAUCAUCCUUCCUUUCGUUGACCUGCGAGGCCGUGGACUAAGACUCUUUCUUCACAGACAAACGUACCGGGUAGGAGGUCACCAUGACAACCAGGACAGUGAUGCAGCGGGUGCAGGAAGAGCAGUCCUCCCAGAUGUCCCACAGUAUGCAGCUGUCCUCCCAGAAGAAGAAGAAGACCUUCACUUCCAGUGACGAGGAGGCCUCCUAUGCUGACUACUAUCCCAUAAUCCCCGGCGACCUGAUGUCCGUCAAAGAGAUCCUGAACAUCGGGAAGUUCCCCUGCAACAGAACAUGGGAGGUUCUGCGAGAGACCCUGGCAGAAGAUGGACAGCAUCACAGGGACAAGUGGACCCUGUUUGGGAACGAGGCAGAGAAGGUGGAGGUGGAAGUCAUCAGGAACCAGCAGCAAGUACGCAAGAGAGUGGACCGCCAAGCGCUCCGCAGACAGGCAGAGCAGAAGGCAUCUCUCCACCUGCAGUUCCUGGAGGACCUGAGCCAGAAGGCUCCAGCCUUCUCAGUCCCCCUGAGGGCUCACUCUGUCUGGGAAGGCAUGGGGGUCACCCUGUCCUGCACCCUGCAGGGCCACCCCGCCCCCUGCCUCACCUGGUAUAAGGAUGGAGAGCUCCUGAGUGCGUACGGGCAGCCAUGGAACCACAAGCUGCUGCAGAAGUUUGGAUUGAACUCCCUGGAGAUCAGGAGAUGUUCUGCAGAGGAUGCUGGGGAGUACAAGGUGGUGGCCAGGAGCAUUCUGGGAGAAGCUACCACCUUCGCUACCCUGGUGGUCAACUCCCACCAGGCAGUGGAGGCAGGACUGCAGCGCUCCAGGACUCCUGGCAAGUCUCACUGUCGUCGAAUGAAAAAUCUCUUUUUUCAUUUCCUCUUCCUAGUUUUGAAGUUUCCUUUUCCUCUUCCAGAUGCUUCUUCAGUGGUCCCCGGGGGACCAGGUGCCCCUCUCUGCCUCCAGGUGUCAGACGUCAACAGGGACUACAUGUUCCUCACCUGGCAGCCUCCCAGCGCCGAGGGCUCCAGCCCGGUGGAGGGAUACUUCAUUGAGAGGUGUGUGGUGGGCUUGGGCCAGUGGAGCAGGUGUAACUCUCAGGUCCAAAAGUUGUGCUGCUAUCCUGUGAUUGGUCUACAGGACAGCACUAUCUACCAGUUCAGAGUGUGUGCUGUCAACCAAUCAGGUGUGGGCCGCGCCUCCAAGCCCAGUGAACCAGUCAUCACCACCGACCCCCUCGAACCCUCGAGGACCAUGGUGGUGAAGGUAGACAGAGGGAGGGAGAUCACCAUCACCAAGGACCAGUUAGAAGGUCAGGUGCGUGUGCCCCUCCCUCCCACAGGUGUGUAUGCCUGUGAUGUCAGCGACACUUACCUGGUGCUGAGCUGGGCGGAGCCAGAUCCACGCGGACGAGAGACACUCACCUACUAUGUGGAGAGAUCGUUGGCAGGCAGGAGCAGUUGGCAGCUGACCAGUCUAGAUCAGAUUGUGUCGUCUCCCAGGUUUCCUGUCUUUGACCUGCAGAGGGGCGUGGCCUACGAGUUCCGCGUGCGUUCAGUCAACAAGUACGGCGUGAGCGAUCCCUCCACCGCCAGCCCCCCCCUCACCCUGGGGGACGCCCUGGCUCCCCCUGCCCCACCCCAUGGCAUCCAGGCUGUCAGAGACUCUGAUUUGUCCGUGCUGCUGCAGUGGGAGGAGCCUGCCAAGAUAGAAGGCAUUCUGGGAUACUACCUGUACUACAGCGAGGCAGGGAGGGCGGAGUGGCGCACAGUCAACAACAAGCCACUCACCAGCACCAGGUUCACGGUGCACGGGUUGAAGGCCCAAAAGGAGUACGUGUUCCGGGUCAAGUCGGUCAGCCGAGCAGGAACCAGCCGAUACUCCGACGAGUCCCCUCCCAUCCUGGUGAAGUCGGCCGUCUACGUCCCUGGCCCCCCCUCGGCCAUCGCCCUGGUAGUGUGCCGCGCCUCAGAGAUGGUGCUGAGCUGGCGGGCCCCCGCCUGCAGCGGAGGAUCCCCUGUGGGGGGGUACUACCUGGACCAGAGGGAUCAGGAGCAGCAGCCCUGGAAGGAGGUGAACACCAGGCCUGCCAGGGAGAGGCAGUACACGGUGUGUAACCUGAGUGAGGGCGUGAGCUACCAGUUCCGUGUGUUUGCUUCCAACGUGGUGGGUGUCGGCCAGGCCUCCCUCCCCAGCCCCGCCUUCCUGUGUGAGGACUGGAGCAUGGAGGAGCCAGGUCCUCCCUAUGAAUUGGAGAUCAGGGAGGUGAGGAAUGAUUCGCUGGUGCUGUUGUGGGUGGAGCCUCUCUACGGCGGACAGAGCCCAAUCAAAGGCUACCUGCUGGAGAUCAGUGAGGGCAGCCAAUCAGAGACCUGGACCCCUGUAAAUCAGGAAGCAACUCCAGACACCUUUUUCAAGGUGUCAGGUCUGAAGACUGGCCACACCUACCGCCUACGAGUGUUAGCUGUCAAUCAGGGUGGAGUGGGCUGGCCCUCCCUGCCCAGUGAACCAAUCACAGCACAGACUUCUCCAGACACCAGAGAUGUGGAGGUGGGCGUGGACAGUGACGGCUUCCUCUUCCUGUCCUGGGAGGGGGCGGAGCCUGGCCAGCUGGUGUGGAGGAGGAGCUACAGGGAAGAGGUGGAGGCCGGCAGGGCCAGGGUGGAAACCAGGAACAACAGGUGUGUCCUCACCUUCCUGGAGGCGUCAGAGCAGGACCUGGGUCUGUACACCCUGGAGAGCAGCGACCCCACCACAUCCUCCAGCUACACCUUCACUGCAGAGGAUCUGGAGAGACUGACUGAGCUGAGCUGGAACAUCAGAAACCCACUGAUUGGCCUGCGUAGUGGCUGGCAGGUGGAGGUGGGGGAGAAGGGGGGUGUGCGUCUCUGGAUGCAGACGGAGAGUCUGACCAGCGCAGCAGAACUCUGCCUCAUCCUCAACGACAGAGAGAUCUCCAGCACCGCGGCCCGUAAGGUCACCCUGGACAGGGGGAGUGGGGUGGUGGAGGUGCUGCUGGAGCCGCUGGGUGAGCAGGACCAGGGCUCCUACACCGCUCAGCUCCGAGACGGCCGGGCCAGGAACCAGUUCACCCUGCUGCUGGUGGACCACAAGUUCCGUCAGACGCUGGCUCAGUCCCAGGCUAACAGACUGGACUACAAGAGAAAGUCAGGCCCGUACUUCCAGAAGUUUCUCUCCUGGCUCAUCACAGAGCAGUGUGAGCUCAUCAUCAGCUGCAGGGUGACGAACGCCAACAGAGACACAGUUGUGAGGUGGUUUAAGGAUGGAGUUGAGAUCUCCAGCGCUUUGUAUGAGCCAUCAUCUGGAGACAGCUCUCUUACCAUACCCCAGGUGACCAAAAAGGAGGCAGGUACCUUCAGGGCCGUGGUGUCUGACAGCAGAGGACAGGAUGUGAGCACCCUGGAGAUGCUGGAAGACGAGUACGACAAGCUUCUCCAAUACCUGAGUAAACAGUGUGCACUGUCGGCCAGUCCCCUGAGGGUUCAGUGCACUGCUGAAGGCUUCAAGCUGUACUGCUCUCUCAGAUACUACCUCAGCUGCAUGAAGACCAGCUGGAGCCUCCAGGAGAAGCGUAUUGACCAGGAUCCCAGAGCCAAGCCAGGCAGCAGCAUGCAGAAACUGUGGCUCCAGAUCCUGGCUCCCACUGAGAGCGACAAGGGAAAGUACACUCUGGAGAUGUCUGAUGGGCAGGAGACACACAAGCGCUCGCUCGACCUCUCCGGGCAAGUGUUUGCAGACGCGUUGCUGGAGUUCCAGAGGCUGAAGCAAGUGGCAGUGGCAGAGAAGAAUUGCGCCAGAGUGACAAAAGGCCUUCCAGAUGUUGUUGCCAUCAUGGAAAAUAAGUCUCUGUGCCUCACCUGUUUCGCUGACGGGGACCCCGCCCCGGAGAUGUUCUGGCUGAGGAACGACCGGGAGAUUGUGUCGGGGGGUCAGUUCUCCGUCACCAAGGAGCCCAAGUCCAGCACCCUCACUGUCAACAACGUGACAAGUCAGGACUCCGGGAGAUACAGCAUCUUUGUCCGCAACCAGCACGGCUCCCAGACAGUGAACGUGACUGUGAGCGUUUACAAGCACGGGGAGAAGCCCCCCCCGGAUGCUGUGGAGAUGGAGUGAGAGGGAGAGAGAGAAGGGGAGAGAGAGAGGGAGAGGGAGGGAAGGAGGAAUGGAGGGAAAGGGAGAGGGAGGGAGAGAUGGAGAGAGAGAGAGAGAGAGAGAGGGAGUGAGGGAGAGAGAGAGCGAGAGAAGAGGGCCCAGGGGAUUAUCUGGACAGACAGGUGUUGGGAAGGUGGUUGGUCCAGUGUGAUGUGUUGAGGUUCUCGUGUGGAGGGCAGCCACUAGUUGAAGCAAAAAGAUGGUUAGUACCCGUGUGUGUGUGUGUGUGUGUGUGUUUACAGUUAGUACCUGUGCGUGUACCACAGUACAUAUGAGAAGAGAAAUAAUCAUUAUAAUGUAAGAAUGAGAAUCCUAAAUCACUUCACUUGACUACCAGAGAAAUAUUCUAAGAUGUUAAUUGAAAUAUAACAAUGGAUCCUAUCACGGCUGUCUAGAAACUCUAAUUAUGCGUGUAGACCGUCAUAGCUUGUAAGAGAAGGUUCCUGGACAGCUGGUAACAUGAACAGCCCAGCUCUGAUCUCAGAUAAGAAGAUACAGUAUUUCAGUAGAGAUGCCAUGUGAACAGUUAAAGACUGAACAAGAUAACACUUUAAUGAUCCUCACAAGAGGAAAUUAAGGAAGUAAAGGUUCCCUUCAUGUUUUUCUGUCAUUUAUGCAGUGACUGUAGCCACUUAGCUCACCCUGUAUCUGAAGCUGACCAGGCCAGCACUGCCAGUCUGUCACACGCUGCAGUCAUGGAGAGCAAACAUUUCACAGAUACCUGAAUCCAGAGCGUACAGGGGGGAUUUGAGCCUGCAACCUCUUGAUCUGUAGUCAUGCUCUCCCACUGAGCUGCUCCUGUUCUCCAGAACGUUCUCUCAGCUGUUCUCUCCUGGAUUCACUCCAACAAACAUGCAUGUGACUUUAUUAUAUUACACAACAUCCUAGAUCUUGCUGUGCAUCGAUGGUCAGUAUACCCAUCAAUCAAUACAGAUGUAAUAAAAAGGUAAAGAAAUUGAA